AAGUUCUCAGUUCUCAAAACGCCGUGCUCACCUGUAGAAUGGUCCGCGCUUAUUCAGCUUUUUAGAACAAUUUUAGUGUGUUCGGUUCAAUUUUGUUCUUCACGUUCUGUUUUAUUAAUUUUAGGGAUAGAAUUGAAUCAAUCCCUUCCAUCUGUAACUUAUAAGAUUUGCAGACGAUUUUUAGAUCCAGAUAUGUCGGAAUCUCCAGAUGUACCCCUCACAGAUCCAUCGAAAACGAAUGGCACAUCUUCCACUUCAGUCCAGAUACCUGCCAAUGGUCACAGCAAACCCCGCACUCCAGAUGAUGACGUAUUUCCCGUUUCCAAUAAAAUGAUGGAUGAGCCUUCUAAGAAGCACCCUGUCUACAGGUGCCUAGGAGGGAACCUUAUCACAGUCCUCACUUUCCUUGGAGUGGUGUUGGGUAUUGCUUUGGGGCUGGGCCUUAAAAGCGUAAGACCAUGGUCGAAGAGAGAAGUUAUGUACGUCAAUUUCCCUGGAGAAUUGUUUCUGAACAUGCUAAAAUGUCUUAUCCUACCACUCAUAGUAUCCAGCUUGAUUGCUGCUAUUGGCAGUUUGGACACGAGGCUUACAGGCAAGAUUGGAAUCCGAGCAGUUGCUUAUUACAUGAUAACGACUGUAAUAGCCAUCAUUUUGGGAAUCAUUCUGGUGAUAACCAUUCGACCGGGUGUAGGGGGCUCGGUUGACGAGUCUAUGUCAGAAAAAAGAGAAACGAAACCCACCCUUCCUGAAGACACCCUUAUGGAUCUUGUCAGAAACAUGUUUCCGCCUAACAUCAUGGAAGCUUGCUUAAAGCAGUACACAACUAUUCUGAAGAUGCCAAAAGGUUACAAUAAGUCUGAUAACGCGACAGAUCUUCGCGAAUGGGAUAUCAGCGGCCGUAUGGAAGGCAGCACCAACAUUCUUGGUCUUGUUGUCUUUUCUGUUGUCUUGGGCAUCACUCUAGGAGAAAUGAAGGCCAAAGGCAAGCCUCUUUUGAACGUCUUCAUAAGUCUCAGCGAUGCUGUUAUGAAAAUAACCAAAUUGGUAAUCUGGUUAUCUCCCGUGGGUGUUCUUUUCCUCGUUGCCAGCAAGAUCUUGGAAAUGAAGGACCUUGCUGUUAUUGCGGGUCAAAUUGGUUUGUACUCGCUGACCGUCCUUGCAGGCAUUCUCAUUCACGGGUUCAUCAUCCUGCCGCUUCUGUAUUUCGCAUUCGUGAGGAAGAACCCGUACAGCUUCCUUCUGAACAUGGGACAAGCGCUGGCUACUGCUUUUGGAACCGCUUCCAGUUCUGCCACCUUGCCUGUAACCAUCACAUGCCUGGAAGAAAAGAACCACAUCGAUCCCCGCGUCUCCCGCUUCUGUCUGCCCAUCGGCGCUACUAUCAACAUGGAUGGCACUGCCCUCUAUGAAGCGGUGGCGGCCAUCUUCAUCGCGCAGGUCAGAGGAAUCUCCCUUAGCAUCGGUAGCAUCAUCGCCAUCAGCAUUACGGCAACAGCAGCCAGCAUCGGUGCAGCCGGUAUUCCGCAGGCGGGAUUGGUAACCAUGGUGAUGGUACUUAAUGUCGUUGGUUUACCUGCUGAAGACGUCACUCUCAUCCUCGUAGUUGAUUGGAUAUUGGACAGAUUCAGGACAACCAUCAAUGUCCUUGGAGACGCAUAUGGAUCAGCCAUCGUGGCCCACUUCAGUAAAAACGAUCUGCAAGAUUUGCCCGCGGCGGAAGAGCAACCUACAGAAAUGACCACUCUCUGAGAGCACUUUUUGUCAUUAUUCAACAAAGGACUGGACUGCAAUCAGAACAUGACUGAUGCUAGACCUCUGAUUCAAUACCGCAGUACUUGACAAAGGACUCACAGAGAGUAGUGGAUUUCACUGGUCAUUCUGAUACUGCGAGAACAAACGAUUUGUACAUAGUAAAAUGGAUUGGGUCACAUAAACUGUUUUAGUUAAGGCUGGAGCUGCAAGCAACUUGAAGCAAGGCUUGAAGUUGUGUGAACUUUCUCCACCAGCAUAGUAUUUUUGCACUUCAUGCGGUAUAACUUAUAUUACAAGCGCGAAACAAUACAUGAAAAUGUUUAUGUAUAGUGAAUCAAAUGUGUAUAUAGAACAGUAUUUUUUGCACCACUUUGUAUGGGCGUUUUAAUCGAAAAAAAAUAAUAAAAGGGUUCAAAAUUA